UAAUAUUUUAUUCUGUUGACAUGUUUUCUUACUGCUAAUGCUUCCGACACCUUCUUAUCCACCCCUCCCUUAUAGAGUCUGCUGGCCGGAGCUGUCAGAACCACGCCUAUAGGGGCCCACAAUUGGUCCAGAAAGCGUAAAAUCAGCAAUCAAAGGGGCUUGGUUCAUUAGUGUGUUGGUGGAUGGAGGCAGGAAGGACAUGUGAGAUAGUCACAGAUCUGCAGUGAACGCGGCCACAUCUCUCCAGUCAGUGUGGGAUGACUGAAGAAGCAGAGGAACAGCUUAUUUCUAAGAGAGGCGCACUGAGCAGCAGCAGCCGGGCUCUGCCUUCACAGCGCCGCUUCUUCUACUGAAGGACUCCGGCGGGAGGAAGAAACCUGAAGGAGAAAAAGCAACAUCAUCAACAACUCUGGGCUAUUUUCUUUUACGCACCGUGUGUUUGACAAGGCUGUUCUUGUACACCGCUUUACAGAACUGCUCCUCGAAGCGCGGACCUAUAUACACUGGCUUCUGGGUUUUUUUGGGGAGGGGGGAAAUACCACUAAAAAAAUCUCCAUUAUUUCGCUUUUUUUGUGGAUGCACCGAUGAGAGAUCCAGUUUUCACAGGGACUGCAAUGGCUUAUCACCCUUUCCACGCACACCGGGCGACCGACUUCCCCAUGUCCGCCUUCCUAGCGGCCGCGCAGCCCUCCUUCUUCCCGGCGCUCAGUCUGCCUCCCGGAGCGCUCACCAACAAGCCCAUGACGGAUCACCACGGCCUGGCCGGGGCGGCGGAGUCUGCUGGGCUCCACCCGGCUCUCAGCCACCAUCAGGCGGCUCAUCUGCGCAGCAUGAAGAGCCUGGAGCCAGAGGAGGAGGUGGACGACGACCCCAAAGUUACACUGGAAGCCAAGGAUCUGUGGGACCAAUUUCAUAAACUUGGAACGGAGAUGGUUAUUACCAAGUCCGGAAGGAGGAUGUUCCCUCCGUUCAAAGUGCGAAUAAACGGACUUGAUAAAAAAGCCAAAUACAUCCUGCUGAUGGACAUCGUGGCUGCGGACGACUGCCGCUACAAGUUCCACAACUCCCGCUGGAUGGUGGCCGGUAAGGCCGAUCCGGAGAUGCCCAAGAGGAUGUACAUCCACCCGGACAGCCCGGCCACCGGAGAGCAGUGGAUGGCCAAGCCUGUUGCUUUCCACAAACUCAAACUGACCAACAACAUUUCAGACAAACACGGAUUUGUCCAGACUAUCCUGAACUCCAUGCACAAGUACCAGCCCCGGUUCCACAUAGUGCGGGCCAACGACAUCCUGAAGCUCCCUUACAGCACCUUCAGGACCUACGUGUUCCCAGAGACCGAGUUCGUGGCUGUGACAGCAUAUCAGAACGACAAGAUAACGCAGCUGAAGAUUGACAACAACCCUUUUGCCAAAGGAUUCAGAGACACGGGGAAUGGACGGAGAGAGAAAAGAACGCUACUUACGGACAGGAAACAGCUGACCAUGCCGUCGCUGCGGAUGUAUGAGGACCAGUGCAAGGCGGACCGUGAAGGCGCAGACUCGGACGCCUCGUCCAGUGAUCCUCCGACCGGCAGAGACGCAGCUCACUCUCCGCUGGGAGCCGAUAGCAGCCCGCUGAGGUUCAGCAGGCCCAGUCGAGAUGAGAAAACGUGCACUGACAGCGAGCAGGAGCUGGAGCAUCACGACGAGCCCAACAGCCCGGGACCUGAACCUGUGUCCCCGUACAGCUCCAGGUGUGAGGAGCGAGUGAGGGACAGGCCUAGCACAGAAAAGAAGGAUGACUCCUUAUUCAGUGUAAGGAACCUUGAGAAGGACAAAGCGGAGAGCAGGCACAGGAAGGACACCACGGACGUGUUGACAAAGGACUCGGAGUCCGGAGGCAUUAGUGCCACUAAGGAGGCCUACUCCCCUCUCAUGGUUCAGACCGAGAGCCCCUCGCACUUCAGCCCAGGCCACUUACAAAGCCUGGCUCUGUCUGGCCUGCACAGUCAGCAGUUCUUUAACCCUCUGGGCGCCGGAUCACCGCUGUUGUUUCACCCCGGGCAGUUUGCCAUGGCCCCUGGAGCCUUUUCUGCUAUGGGCAUGGGGCAUCUAUUGGCCUCUGUAUCUGGAGCAAGUGCUUUGGAAAACAGCCUCGUCGCCCAGGGCACAGGAGGAAACCCCUUCCCGUUCCAUCUGUCCCAGCACAUGCUCGCUUCUCAGGGCAUCCCCAUGCCUCCAUUCGGAGGACUGUUCCCAUACUCCUACACCUACAUGGCAGCGGCUGCAGCGGCGGCCUCGGCCUCAGCCCUCCCAGCCACCAGCACCUCCAACCCACUCUCCAGGAACCCUUUCCUGAGCGCAUCACGUCCCCGGCUCCGCUUCAACCCCUACCAGCUCCCAGUGUCGCUGCCUCAGAGCUCCCUGCUCACCACCGGCCUGCAGGGAAGCCUCAACCCAGGCUCCGAAUCCUCGAAACCGGGCAGCAGGGAGACCAGCCCAGCCCCGGAGCACCACAGCAACCACAAGACAGGAGGGUCGAGCGGCGGGAGGGCCGCAUCUCCCAAAACCUCCAUGAAGGACUCAGUGAAUGAGCUGCAAAGCAUCCAGAGACUGGUGAGCGGCCUGGAGAGCCAGCGGGAGCCCUCCCCGAGGGCAGACUCUCCCAAGUGAUGAAGACUCUCUGUUUGGGAUGAAGACUUGGCUUGAAUACCAGAGGACUAUAAGUGCAUAAUGUCCUGUACAGCACAUUAAGGGAGACUGGGAUGAGGUUUGACCGAUAUGGGUCCAUGUGAAGGCCGAUAACUGGUGUUUUUUUGGAACAAAGCUUCAGAUAGACAGAAAUUGAGUCCAUAUAAUUCAAUUUAACCUUUUUAAAUUCACAAGUAUUGAGGGUUUUCCUCCAGAGCAGACCUGUUUAGAGAGGGUGGAAAGCCUGUCAGACAACAUUUCGACAUCAUCAUCAGACACCAAAAACUCUCCCCCUGCAUCCCAGUGUUUUAGGGUCAGCAGCACUUAAGGGCAGGCUUUUACCCACAUAGAAACUCUGGGAUACAUUCUUACAUUGAUAAAUUAAAAAUAAUAAUAAUAUACAAAACUUAAAAAUGAAGUAAAUAUAUGAAAAUAUGCAAAGAUUAAAAAGUAUAAACACAUUUUAGACCAUGAAAAAUAAUGAUAAAACAAAUUAAAAAAAAUCUGACCACUUCUGCUCAAGCACGUGUCACUGAUCAAUUCCACUACAAAAAAUAUAAGCAAUCAAACUUUAUCAUAUCCAUUAUAUCAGAAGGUGGACCACUACAACACAAGGCCAGUAUCGGCCCGUCUAAACCUGCCUGAGAGCCUGCAGCUCCACAGACCGAAGAGUGUGUGUUGAGUUUGGUUAACUUGAAGCCUUUUUGAGCAUCCAGGCUUGGAUUUGAAAUACCGAGCCCUGAACAGGAGCCUCAUUACUCAGACAGGCAGGUCUCAAGCUGCAUCCAAAAACUUUUUUUCUAGGCCUGAUUAUUUCAAAAAGGCAUGAAGGUGAAAGAAAAGGAAGAAAGAAAGAAAGAGAGGACCGCUUAUCAUUUCAUGCCAGAAAAAAAAAAUGUUUCUGAACUAUUUAUGUAAUUAAAGAUAAGAAAAAUUGUGUAAAUAAAGCUAAGAUCCAAGAAUAUGCAAUUGGUAUUAAUUUAUUCAAGGCUGUAUAUUAGCGUGUAUAUAUUUCGAAUUUAACUUGUUGCUUAUUUUUUUCCCUCCUCCUCCUCCUCCUCCUCCUCUCCCUCAUUUUACAUGAACAUAUACUGUAAAUGAAAGCUAUUUAGCGCUUGUUGGUUUGAAAAACUGUGUAUGAAGCAUCGCUGAUUUUUUUUUAGGUGACGUGUGUGCCAUGUUUUAGUCUGCAUCCACCGACAGAGAGAGAGAGGAACAGAGAAAAAAAAGAGCUCCACAUGGAUUCAAAAAAACACCUCAGGUUAUUUCACUCCAGCCAGGAGACAUUCAAAGCAAUUCCUCCUAUGGGCGCAUCAUUCAUAUCUAUUCAAAAAAAUAUAUUUAAAGAUGAAAGUACUUGUUUUA